UAAAUAAAUAGGAAAUUCCAGGAGAGAGAAAAACCCAAGAAACCUCUUCGGCGGCGAGGCGAGGCGGGGGUUCGGCAGCGGCGUCUCGUGGACUCCUAGCCAGCCCCUUCACCUCUUCGGGCUUCUGUGGCGAGCCGAGUUUUCCGGCGGAGGCGAGCCAUGGCCGCAGCGGAGGAAACGGCCGUGGGAACCGCUGCGGAGGGGAGCGACCUGCGCUCCUUCUUCUCGACGCGCGGCGUCGCCGCCGAUCUUGCUGCGUUGGACGACCAGACCCUCAAGGCGCUGGACGAGAAGUACAUUAUCGCCAGGGACCUCGACGCCGCCACGGUGCUCUCCAAGAUCCACCACUUGGUGGGGCACAGCGAAGCCAGCAUCGUCCCCUACGAAGGGCUGUCCUACCAGCUUCCGUGCCGUGACCCGGGGCAGCACGAGUACGACCCCACACUCCGGCAGCUUUGCCUGCGCCGCGGCAAGGUCGAAACUUGCACGGUCGGCGACCCCAGGACCUCGCGCAAGGCCGAGAUCAUCACGGCCACGCUAUCCUUGGUCAAGAAGACCGUCCUGAGUGGCCAUCGCUCGUUUAGCGACGGUCUGCGCUACGGCGAUGAAGUCUUCAAGCAGGACAAGAAGACCGUGGAUGAUGCCCUGCUGGACAUCUGCUGCCUACUCGAGUGCCCAAGGGCAUCUCUCAAAAUGCUUGAACUUGGUCCGGGCACGGUCGUUGGGCCACUGAUAUUCACAAUGGAAGAUGGGGCAGAGAACCAUUGCAGGUCAUUCGGUCCGAGUGGAGCCCGGGUACAUGAGGGGAUCUCUAAUAUUACUGUCGAACAAGGCGCAACGGUCAAUUUCAUCCUACUAGUCCAGAGGGAUGAUGUUUUUUGGGAUUUUGCUCGGUCGCAACUCCGCCACGAAUUGAAUUGUGUGGUCAUGAUAGGCGGCGAUGGGGAACCAAAUGUCAUGACACGGGCUUUCUUGCGCAAACUCAAGGAUUGUCUGUCUGUCCCUGUGUAUGCUCUCACCGAUUCAGAUCCAGAGGGAAUUUCGAUCUUUUGUACCUACAAGUUUGGAUCAGCAGAGAUGCCAUUUGACAAUGUGGGUCUUACCAUUCCUGAUAUCAAGUUGAUUGCGUAUAUAGGUGAUGAUGCCCUUCAUUUGAGUCACCUUCAACCGCUGGCCAAGCGUGACAGAUCGAUUCUUAAGGGAUUGUGUGCCCAAAAGCAUGUAAUAGGUGAUGAACAAUUGAGGGAGAACAUACAUUUCAUGAUGAACAGGGGCUUAAAAUGCAAAAUCGAAGCUUUAUAUUAUCUUCAGUACCUUCCUACUGACUACAUCCGCAAAGCAGUAGGCAAUCUGGAGGACAUCUAAGUAGCUCGUUGUGUUUAACUUUGGUAGAGAGACAUCUAUGUAGUUUGCCAUGUUGACUUUAGAGGAUAAUCUUCUAAGUUAGUUCAUGUUGGGUGUGCAAACUAUGGUUACUACUAGAUUGUGCAUGCACUUAUGUUGUCACAAUCUAGGUUAUUAAUGCUCCAGAUUCUAUAUGACAUUAAGCAGCUUGCUCC